CGGGGCGAGGAGAACGGGAGCCGGAGCGACGGCGGCGGCUGCGGUGGCCGGGUCGGUGGCGGGGAGCAGCCUGACCGACAGCAGCUCGGAGGUGUCGGACUGCAGCGCCUCGGAGGAGGCGAAGCUGCUCUCGCUGGAGCUGGGGCUCAGCGGCAGCGAUGGCGAGUCGCCCGGCAGCGCCCCGCCGCCCCCGCCCUCCGCCGGAGAGGCCUCGCCGUUGCCCGAGGAGCCCUCGGCCGCCUCCGUGGCCAGCAGCCGCCUGCAGCUCAGCACCUCCCUCGCCUUCUCCGACCUCACCGAGGAGCUGCUGGACGCCGGCACCGACGGGCUGCUCCGGGAGCUGGAGGAUCUGCGCUCCGAGAACGACUAUCUCAAGGAUGAGAUCGAGGAGCUGCGCGCCGAGAUGCUGGAGAUGAGGGACGUCUACAUGGAGGAGGAUGUCUACCAGCUGCAGGAGCUCCGGCAGCAGCUGGACCAGGCCAGCAAGACCUGCCGCAUCCUGCAGUACCGGCUGCGCAAGGCCGAGCGCCGCAGCCUGCGCGUGGCACAGACCGGCCAGGUGGACGGCGAGCUCAUCCACAGCCUCGAGCAGGACGUCAAGGUGGCCAAGGACGUCUCUGUGCGGCUCCACAAUGAGCUGGAGGUGGUGGAGAAGAAGAGGAUCAGGCUGGAGGAGGAGAACGAGGACCUGCGCAAGCGGCUCAUCGAGACGGAGCUGGCCAAGCAGGUGGUGCAGAACGAGAUGGACAAGCUCCGAGAGAAUUCCCUGAAGAAACGGGGGUCUCGCUCCAUCGGGAAGACGGAGAAGAAACCAUCGGUGCAGGAGGACAGCGCCGACCUGAAGUGCCAGCUGCAUUUUGCCAAGGAGGAGUCAGCCCUGAUGUGCAAGAAGCUGACUAAGCUGGCCAAGGAGAACGAUGGCAUGAAGGAGGAGCUGGUGAAAUACAGGUCCCUGUACGGAGACCUCGACAGCUCCCUCUCCGUGGAGGAGCUGGCUGACUCACCCCAUUCCCGGGAGGCCGAGCUGAAGGUCCACCUCAAGCUGGUGGAGGAGGAAGCCAACAUCCUCAGCCGGAGGAUCGUGGAGCUGGAGGUGGAAAACCGUGGGCUGCGGGCAGAGAUGGACGACAUGAAGUGCCAGGGGGACAGAGACCUGCCGGGACAGGACACACGGUUCCUGGCGGGUGUCUCGGGUUGUGGGGACGCGGGGGACACGGUGGCAGAGCUGCGCCGGCACCUGCAGUUUGUGGAGGAGGAGGCCGACCUGCUGAGACGCUCGCUGCUGGAGCUGGAGGACCAGAACAAGCUCCUCCUGAACGAGCUGAGCAAGUACAAGUCGGACCACGAGCUGGACGUGACGCUGUCGGAGGACAGCUGCUCGGUGAUCAGCGAGCCCUCGCAGGAGGAGCUGGCCACGGCCAAGGUGCAGAUCAGCGAGCUGAGCGGGAAGGUGAAGAAGCUGCAGUACGAGAACCGGGUGCUGCUCUCCAACCUCCAGCGCUGCGACCUGGCCUCCUGCCAGACCACCCGGCCCAUGCUGGAGACCGACGCCGAGGCCGGCGACUCGGCGCAGUGCGUCCCCACCGCCGGCUGGAGGGACGGGAUGGGCAGCGGCGAAGCCGACGGGCAGGACAGGUUGCCCGUUGGUGGGAAAGUGCCCGACGGUCCCGCCAAGCUGCUCAAAGCCAAGGACCUGGAGACCUUGCUGGGCAUCCGGGACCAGGCGGCGCUCGUCAGCAAAGCGAUCGACGUCUUGAUUUCGGAUGCCAACGGCUUCACCUCUGGGCUGAAGGCUUGCUUGGACAACGAGUGCACGGGGGGGCUGCUGGGCGAGGCGGUGGGUAGCGGCGGUGAGAGCCCCAGCGAUGCCAAGCUGAUGAACGUGCUCCUCAUGCGGCUGGGCGUGCUCCAGCAGGACCUGGGCUGCUUCGCCAGGAAGGUGGACCACCUCACCAGCGGCUUCAAGGAGCACACGGACUCCUUCUCUGGCCCCGGCAGCCACGACACCACCAAAGAGGGGCUGCAGAAGGAGCACGCCUCCGACUUCCAGCAGCCUGAUUUUAGGGACGCCGACCCUUUCCGCAUCCCCCACGCCAAGGACACGGACCCCACGCAUCCCCGGAGCUACAAAACCUGCCGGCCUGAGGAGAACGACUCCUACGCCACCGAGAUGAAGGAGCUGCAGCUGGUGCUGUCGGAGGCCAACGAGAGCCUGCGGGGACUGCAGGAGCAGCUCUCGCAGGAGAGGCAGCUGAGGAAGGACGAGGUGGACAACUUCUCGCAGAAGAUCUGCCAGCUGAAGGAGGACCACCAGAAGGCUCUGCUGCGGCGGGAGUUUGAGCUGCAGAGCCUGAACCUGCAGAGGAGGCUGGAGCAGAAGUUCUGGAGCCAGGAGAAGAACCUGCUGGUGCAGGAGUCGCAGCAGUUCAGGCAGAGCUUCCUCCUGCUCUUCAUGAAGCUCAAGUGGUUCCUCAAGCGCUGGCGCCAGGGCAAGAUGGUGCACAGUGAGGGCGAGGACUUUCUGGAGGUGAACAGCAUGAAGGAGCUUUACCUGCUGCUGGAGGAGGAGGAGCUGGCCCCACAGCAGCAGGCGGACAAUAAGACGUGCACCGGGGACACCUGGACCCCCAAUACGCCCAACGAGUGCAUCAAGACGCUGGCGGACAUGAAGGUGACCCUGAAGGAGCUGUGCACGGAGCUGCGGGAGGAGCGGCGCGGUGCCAGCGAGCUGCAGCAGCAGUUCACCAAGGCCAAGGCUGCCUGGGAGAUGGAGCGCGCCGAGCUCAAGUGCCACAUCGCCCAGCUGGAGUCGAAGGCAGGCAAAGGGAUCGCCGAGCGCGCGCUGCCAGACUGGAAGGUGGCGUUGAAGAGGGAGCGUGAGGAGCACCAGCAUCUCCUGGCCGAGUCCUACAGCGCCGUCAUGGACCUCACCAAGCAGCUGCAGAUCAGCGAGAAGAACUGGAACCAGGAGAAGGUGGAGCUGCUGGCCCGCUUCAAGGAGGAGCAGCAGCAGGCAGAGCAGCAAGCGAAGGACCUGCAGAACAAAAUCAACCAGUUGCAGAAAGGAGCCAACCCAUGGGCCUUGAAGCACUCUGAAAUGGAGAAGCACGGCAGCAACUGGAAAGAGGCUCUCAAUGAAAAAAUCACAGACAAAGAGACAAUCUCUGAAGCAGAAGCCAAGGGAACCAACCUCAAAAGGACCAAGUCCGUUUCCUCCAUGUCAGAGUUUGAAAGCUUGCUCGACUGUUCUCCCUACCUCCCUGGAAAGACCACGCCAGGGCUGGGCGACCAUUCCCGGGGCAAAAAGGCAUCCACGGCCGCCCAGCUGUUGCCCAACGGGAUCCGGGACAGCGCUGGCCUUCCUCCCUCCAACUGUACAUAUGUGAAUAUUGAGCAACCUGUCCCCGACAGCCUGGCCAAGGAGAAGCUGGGCAUCUCCUCCUGGGACUACUCAAGGGCAAGCAGCCUUUCCGGGCACGAUCAAGCCCAGAAGCAAAUGCAGAGGAGCUACACGGCACCCGACAAGACGGGGAUCCGCAUCUACUACAGCCCACCGGUGGUGCGGCGGCUGGAGGCGCCUCUGGUGCACAACAAGGAGGGGAAGAUCAUGAUCGAACCCGGCUUCUUGUUCACCAUGGCCAAGCCCAAGGAGCCGGAGGAGUCAGCCAGCGCCGAGAGCACCUACAGUCAGUGGCUGUGCAACUUCUCCAAGCAGCAGCGGGAGCUGCUGGACGGUGGCACGGUGGAGAGCGCGGUGCCGCCGGUGCCCCGCUUCCCCUCCUCGCUGCACGACCUGGAGAUCUCCGGCAACAUGAGCGACGACAUGAAGGAGAUCACCAACUGCGUGCGGCAGGCCAUCCGCUCCAGCUCGCUGGAGAGGAAGGUGAAAAGCACCUCCAGCCAGACGGUGGGGCUGGCCCACGUGGGGACACAGACCAUCCAGACGGUGAGCGUGGGCCUGCAGACCGACCUGCCACGCGGCAGCGGCGUCCAUGGCAAGAGCUGGUCCCCCCGCAGCUCCUCCCUUGUGUCUGUGCGCAGCAAGCAGAUCUCCUCCUCCCUGGAUAAGGUCCACUCCAGGAUCGAGAGGCCGUGCUGCUCCCCAAAAUACGGCUCCCCGAAGCUCCAGAGGAGGUCUUCCUCCAAGCUGGACGCCUCCAAGGACAGGAGCCUCUGGAACCUGCACCAGAGCAAGCAGAAUGGUUCCGCCUGGGCCCGUUCCACCACCACCCGGGACAGCCCUGUCCUCAGCAACAUCAACGAUGGCUUGUCCAGCUUGUUCAGCGUGGUGGAGCACGCGGGCAGCACCGAGUCCAUCUGGAAGCCGGGCUGCCCUGAAAGCAGCCGGACCAAGCCCGAAGCACCCAAGUACGGCCUCGUGCAGGAGUUCUUCAGGAACGUCUGCGGGCGGGCGCAGAGCCCCACUGCCCCCCCAGAGAAGAAGGAGGCCACCGGGGAGGAGGGCAGCAAGAGAGCCGAGCACCCCAGCCUGGCCACCCACCAUCCAGCUGAAAACAUCUCCCGUGUCUUGAACAAGAAAGUCCUCAAGCAGAGCAGCUGCGAGGACGCCAAGCCCUUGUCCCCCGGCCAGGGGAGUAAGGAGGCAGCCCUGCGGGACCCCGACCUCCUCUCGGCCAUAGCCAGCGAGGACACGGCGUGUGACUGCAGCUCCCAGUCCCUCACCUCCUGCUUCGCCCGCCCGUCCCGCUCCACCGUCCGCCAUUCCCCUUCCAAGUGCAAACUGCACCCCGCGGACCCCCCCCGGGCGGAGGAGAAGCCGGGGGCCUCGUCCUGCAAUGUAAAACCAAGUGCAUUUUAAAAAAAAACAAAAAAAAAAAACGACAACAGAAAAAAAACCCAAAAUGAGCUACAUUUGGAGAUGCACCAAUUGGAUUAAGAGAUUGUGGGUUAGGAGGCUGCAGGGUGGCCUGCGGUCUGCGCUGCCCCCCCUCACCACCAGAAAAAGCCUUAUCCGGGGAGGCAGCGGGGCAGGGGGGAUGAUGACAGCGGCCACAGCCCCCCAACAGUGGUACAGAGCCCCCCCAGGGCUGGGGGACAGCGUCCCAGCCCCACGCAGAGCAGCGUUGGUGCCCCAGGAGAGAGGAGUGAUUUUCAAGGAGGCUGUUUUGACCUAUUUUCCUGCUGCCGGCCGGGGGCCAGGCGGGGAAUCACCCGGUGGAGCUGCCCGGGGGUGCCUGAGCUUCCCUGGGGCUCCCUGCGUCGCUCUGGGGCUGUGGGCCUUGCUCUGGGGGGGGCUCUAUACAUUGCUCCAGGGGCUCCGUGCGUUGCUCUGGGGCUCUAUACAUCGCUCCAGGGGCUCCGUGCAUCUCUCUGGGGCUGUGUACAUGGCUCCAGGGGCUCUGUGCGUUGCUCUGAGUCCAUGCACACUGCUCUGGGGGGCUCUGCACAGCACUCUGGGGCUCCAGGGGGUUCCAUGCAUUGCUGUGGGGCUGUGUACAUCGCUCCAGGACCUCU